UGCCUACCCGAAGGGCACCGGCGGGGCAGAGCUCACCGGUCGCUGCCCGGUCCCGCCUCCCCCAGCGCGGGCACACACCGGCCAGGGCACGCAGGAACGCCUUGCCCUGGCGACUGUGAGAACAGGCCGGGGCAGUCCCGCGGGGCACCGGGCGCUAGCCACGGGCCCUAACCCGGAGGGCACGAACACGGCUCCUCGGGACCGGCGGGCACGGCGGGGGACAUGGAGGGCAGGGAGAGCAGGCCAUGACAGCGUAGGCCGGCGGCGAGAGAUGGAUCGGUUCAGCGAGUGCGGGACGCAGACGGACGCCGUGGUGGUGCUGUCCCUGGCACAGGCUGCCGUGCUGGGCCUGGUGUCCGACAAUGAGCUGCUCGGCGCCACCGUCACCCCCGCCGGCUUCUUCCCGGGGCUGGCCGGGGAGCAGCUGGACAACGCCGCCGUGGAGCCGGGGGAGCCCGAGGGAGAGGAGCAGGCGCCCGGGGACGGGCAGGACGAGGACGCCCUGGAAGCAGACUGCUCCCUGGAGAAGCAUGCCCGCAGGAGGAAGAGGCCGCCCGUGAGGCUGAUGCCCAAGGUCAAGAGUGAGAAGGCAGAGGUGGAGGCAGAGCCGCCGUACGGCGCGUCCGUGCCCGGGGACGAGGAGGGCGAGGGGCAGCGCGGCCACGCGCCGCAGCCCCCGGAGCCCAGCCAGGAGCCGGCGGUGCAGAGCGAGGCCGUGAAGAUGAUUGACCUGGGCACCUUCAGCAGGAAGCCCCGGCGGCUGCGGCACCUGCGCCGGCACCGGGAGCCGGAGGGCAGCGAGCGCCGGCACCGGGAGCCGGAGGGCAGCGAGCGCCGGUGCAGGGGCAGCGACCCGGCCGGCGGCACCGGGGGGGCCCCACAAACCGCGGGCGCCUUCGAGGCGGGGGCUCCGUCCCCCGGGGAGGCCGAGGCCCCCGCGCCGGCAUCCCCCGAGCAGGUGAAGAGCGAGCAGGGCUGUGUCUGGCAGGAGCCGGGCGAGCUGGAGGCGGCCGGCGGCACCAGCGAGCACAGCAGGAAGGCGCAGCUGGACCGGCUGGACAUCAACGUGCAGAUCGACGACUCCUACCUGGUGGAGGCGGGCGACCGCCAGAAGCGCUGGCAGUGCCGCAUGUGCGAGAAGUCCUACACCUCCAAGUACAACCUGGUGACCCACAUCCUGGGCCACAACGGCAUCAAGCCCCACUCCUGCCCGCACUGCAACAAGCUGUUCAAGCAGCCCAGCCACCUGCAGACCCACCUGCUGACCCACCAGGGCACGCGGCCCCACAAGUGCGGGGUGUGCGGCAAAGCCUUCACGCAGACCAGCCACCUGAAGCGGCACAUGCUGCUGCACACCGACAUCAAGCCCUACAGCUGCCGCUUCUGCGGCCGCGGCUUCGCCUACCCCAGCGAGCUGAAGGCGCAUGAGGUGAAGCACGAGAGCGGGCGCUGCCACGUGUGCGUGGAGUGCGGCCUGGACUUCUCCACGCUCACCCAGCUGAAGCGGCACCUGGCCACGCACCAGGGCCCCACGCUCUACCAGUGCCUGGAGUGCAGCAAGUCCUUCCACUACCGCAGCCAGCUGCAGAACCACAUGCUGAAGCACCAGAACGUGCGGCCCUUUGUCUGCACCGAGUGCGGCAUGGAGUUCAGCCAGAUCCACCACCUCAAGCAGCACUCGCUCACGCACAAGGGCGUGAAGGAGUUCAAGUGCGAGGUGUGCGGGCGGGAGUUCACCCUGCAGGCCAACAUGAAGAGGCACAUGCUGAUCCACACCAGCGUCCGGCCCUACCAGUGCCACAUCUGCUUCAAGACCUUCGUGCAGAAGCAGACGCUCAAGACCCACAUGAUCGUGCACUCCCCUGUGAAGCCCUUCAAGUGCAAGGUCUGCGGCAAGUCCUUCAACCGCAUGUACAACCUGCUGGGGCACAUGCACCUGCACGCCGGCAGCAAGCCCUUCAAGUGCCCCUACUGCUCCAGCAAGUUCAACCUGAAGGGCAACCUCAGCCGGCACAUGAAGGUCAAGCACGGGGUGAUGGACAUCAGCCUGGACAGCCAAGAUGCCAUGAUGGAGCUGGCUGGGGCUGACCACGCCGAGCUGGACGGCCAGCAGGAGAUGGACGACUUCGAGGAGGAGAACUCUUACGGCUACGGGGCCGUGGGCAACCCCCCAGACGAGCACACGCUGGCCGAGCAGGCCAUGAAGGAGAUGGCCUACUACAACAUGUUGUAGCCCAGGCCAGUGGGGCUGCGGGGGCUUGCUGGGUUAAGAGGGGCUGCGGCACCCAGCCGGGUCCCCCAGAGCUGGAGGGAUGGCUUCCACUGGGCUUGGGGAACACAGGGAUGUCCAGAAGACUUUGCUGGACCUGCCUUGGCUCUGCUGCUGCCCCCCUGCCCCUGCCUGCACCCUGCACCGGCUGACUUGAAGCUGCAGGCAGGGGAGGCGUGACCCAGCAGAUCACUGAACGAGUAAGGAUGGAAGGGGCUGCUGUGGAGCAAGAUGAUGAGCGUCACUAAUUAUUCUACCUCCUGGGUCCCCCCUCUCUGCACAGGGGUUCCCCUGACGGGCAGAAGCCCUGCCCGCUGAGGAGGUGGGUUUGCAUUUCCCACUCCCCCGGGGCUCUCAGCCCUGUGCCAGGCCCUGGGAUGCACAACAGAGUAUUUUCAUAGAAGCUCAGGGCGCAGUCAGCGCCCACAGCUCCGGCUCUGGAGCUGCAGCCAGCGGUGGAGCCGGGGGAGGCAAACCCAGCCCAGCCCCAGCAAAUGAUGGUAUUUUGAAAGUAAUUUAUUUUUUUCAGAUGUGCCGCGUGGUUGGUUUUAUCUUUUCACUGAGUUCAGUUCCCUUCAACUAAUGUGCUUUGUAAACCCGUGUAAGCUGUGUGGUCUGUGUGGGGAGAGGGGGUUGUGAGGGGCUGAGUGGGGUCCUGGCCAGAGGAACUGGCACCCCCUCCUUGCCCCCCAGCUGCUCGGGGCUGGAGGGAAAGGCUCUCCCUGGGGCAGCCUGUGAGCUGGGGUUUGCCCCUCCGUGCCCAGGGGUGUGGCAG